AGUGCACAGCUGUGGUUGAACCUAUGAUGUGUAACGCAUCGUUGGUUUGGUGGUCAAAACAAUAGCGACCACUAUUAUAAACUAAGCAAAGAUUUGUUUCAAAUGCAACUGAGACACUCAUCUUCAGUGGCGUGGUAAAAGUACUCUUCUUGACGUGUCAACUGAAACUGAAGCUCUUUGGUGGAUAUGUUCUCUCUUCCUUUUUGUUGAAGUUAUCUUGGUAUUUGCUACGAAUGCUUCUUUUCUUCUAACCGAUAUAGACUUUAUCACAGUUACGUGGAAUCGUGUGAACUCCCGCUGAUUUGAGUGUGUCUCUGCUGUCUUUUGCUGAUCUCAGAUACUCCAAUAUUGUCUUCGUUGGGUUGAAGAUGGGGUUAAUUUUCUCCAUUUCAGCAGUUCGUUUGUAACACAGUUGUUUGGUGUUUUAUUUGGUCUUCGACGUACCUUUCUUCAAUUAUUCUCAAAGCUUUCUCCACUAGGGUGUUGAUGACGGUUCGUUUCUGUUCUGGAUGAUGGUUGGAUCCAUUAUGUAGGUAUCGAUCUGUAUGUGGUUUCUUCCUGUACAUCACUUUAUAACCUAGUUGAGUACCUUCUUCUUCUUCUUCUAAUUCCAUGGGGAACUGGAUUUUUGGAUGAAAGCAGGAAGUUGUGAAGUUCUUCUUCUCAAUUACUCUAAACAACGAACGUGUCAUCUACAUACCAGUGCUUCGGUGGUUUCUCUGAGGUAUGAAUGGCUCUUUCUUCAAAUUUUUGGAUGAAAGCAGGAAGUUGUGAAGUUCUUCUUUUCCAUUACUCCAAACAACGAACGUGUCAUCUACAUACCAGUGCUUCGGUGGUUUCUCUGAGGUUUGAAUGGCUCUUUCUUCAAAUUUUUCCAUGUAGAAAUUCGCCACUACUAAGCUAAGUGGACUGCCUAUGGCGAUUCCAUCAACUUGUCCAUAAAAGGUUUCAUUCCAUUGAAAAUAAGUUGUCUUUAGUGAAUGUCGAAAUAAGUUGACAUCUUGUGAAAAGAUCUCUCUAUGUAGAGUGGUACAUUUGUGAAUGAGGAUACGAUAUCGAAGCUAUCUAGAAUGUUUUUUGCCUCCAAGGUGAUACCUUUCAAAUCUCUGAAGAAGUCAGUGAAGUCUUGGACGUACGUCUUAGUCUUCCCAACAUGUUUUUGCAGCAUAUCCGACAAAUGGUUUUCAAGAUUGGUGGUCCUGGGGCACUUGAUAUCGGUCUCUUUGUGAAUUUUCAGUCAUCCAUACUUUCUUCGUUGUCUCUGGUGGUUAUGAAGAUUCUUUCAUCAGUUGAUUAGUCUUUCUCAAAAUGUUCUGUGUUGGAUCUUUUUGUAAGCUUCUGCACGUUUCUUGGCUGACAAGCUUAUUGAGUUUGCUUUUGUAGUCCGAAGUGUACAAGACUACUGUUGCGUUUCCUUCGUCAGAAGGCAGAAUGAUGAUAUUUGGGGGCGUUUUCACCUCUUGAAAUGUUGCAUGUUGCACGUCAAGAAGAGUACUUCGACUGGAGAUGACUGCCGCAGUUGCAGUUGAACGGUUUGAGGAUUGUUAUCAGAGAAGACCACAGCAUACCUGGAAACCAACCAAAACAUUGACCCCAGCCGUGGAAGCCUACAUUUCUAUAUUAGGCAAAGAUUUCUUUGUUUUGGAAUGAUGGUAGUAAUGAAAACCACUCCAACAGCAGUAGAAUGUCGACAACAGAAGAAGAAGGCAAAAAAAGCUGACACGGAUAAUUAACUUCAGAACUAGCUGUGAGUGUUCCAUGAACAUAUGGGACUAUAUCAGGAAAUGAAAUAGAGGUCAGGAAAUGGAGGUCACCAAAUGUCUUGAUGAGAAAUAUACAGAGUACUGCGAAAGUAUACCUAGGAACACACAGGAAAACCUUUAUGAAGUCAUGAAGCGACGCCUGAGGAAGAAACCUGUUCGACAAUGACAAAUAAUGAUCACUCUUAUGAAAAACUAGUAGAAGUAGAACUACAAUGUAACUCAAUACUUAUCUUGUUAUUGGAGAGGCUGCUUAAAUACAUUAUUGCCAAGAUAUGGCUCAAAAAUACUUGAAAUUCGCAUGGAAGACAAUUUUUCAGCUGUUUCAUUUCAAUGGAAAAUCUGAAAGCAACAAUUGAACCAGUCUUCAUUAUGUGAAUACCUAUACCUAGACCUGUUCUUGAACACAGCAUACCUUGAGAUGAUGUUUAAUUGCAUGUUAGUUACAGCCAAAAUUCGCAGCCUCUAUGACUAUCAACUACGGCUUAUGCAAGGAGUUAUGCCCCCUCCCUCUGGGGAUGACAUAGCAAACACAAUCAAAUACUUCUCACAAACUCUUCUAACUGUCCUCAAAGACGUACCUAACUCGCCCUUCGAUCUCUUGAAAAACCCAGAAAUGGACGCAGUAAGGAUGGGUCUCUUUCCCAGUCUAGAUUAUAAAGGUCUCUAUAAUUCUAUCAUUCCUCUCAUUGAAGUUGCACCUCUUAUCACGAAUGGAAUUUUUCCUUUUGGUCAGUCGAUUCUUCAAUGUUUAGGAUGUCUUCUACCGUUUUUGGAACACGAUUUGAUUGAUAAUUUACCCUAUCUGGCUGCGUCUUCCAUAUCAGUUCUCCCUAAUAAUUUACAUCAAGAGAUCAUAAAUACUUUAUGUUUUUACAUUUUACCUUUUACCAUAACCAGACACACUGAGCGUGAUCACGAUAUUUGUCAAUCUGUUUCCGCUGUUAUAAUGAUGGUGUUCCAAUACUCUACCAAUCCUGCACAUCACUGCCAACUCUUGGAAUGCCUUAUGACCCUCAAGCAAAAUAUUUUGAAAGACGUGUUAAGCGUGAUAGCGUAUGGAACUUCAACGGCUCGUUCCUCAGCAGCGAAACUCUUAUUCUACUAUUGGCCAACCUUCAAUGCCAACUUAUUUGACCGAAAGAAUCUCAUUUGUAAAAUUGCAGAUCCCACUCCUUUUGUUUGCCAGAGAGACUCUUGCCCGAAUACAGGAAAUGCCGAAGCAGCAAAAGUUUGUUAUGAUCAUUCUAUUUCAAUAACCUUCGCGAGCGACACGCCUCCUCCGUUAUACCUUUGCAUUGAAUGCGCGAAUGAAAUUCAUCGAGAACAUCCGAACCAAAUGUUUUUCGAUAUUUUGCAUCCAAUGCAACAAGUCUCUAUGGUUUGUGAAAAUAAGAACUGCCGAUCCACUGACAAAGCAGCAAUAUCUAUAUGUUUCUCAACCGAAUGUGCCAGUUAUAAUGGAAAUCAUCCUAUAAGAUACUGUGAACAGUGUCAUAACAACAGACACAAUAACAGAAGAGGAGGUGAUCAUAUUGUACAUAAGAGUUUGCCUCCUACUUGGACCAUGGAACCAGAAAUGCAGACCUAUAUGGUUGAAGCCAUUGUUAGUCUCUUGAAAGAAGCCAAGGUACCUCUAAUAGAAACCAAGGAAGAAAAGAAAGAGGGUGAAAGCAAAGAGGGGAAAGACAACCGAGAAGGAAAAGAAGGAAAGAGUCCCGUACCAGCAUUGGAUAACAUAACCGUUGAAGAACGACAACUUCUGGGAAGAUACGGAGUGUGGUUAUUGGUGGGGAGAUGUACUCCAUCAGAAAAUACCCCUUUAGAAGUUCUUGGGCGCCUGCUUGCUAUGAUUUUUCAUUGGUUUCACAUGACAGCUUUAUCUUAUGACGGACAAGAAGAAAGUACCUUAGAGAAAUUGAAGAGUGAAAUCGUUUGUAACUGGUUGCGAGAAAUCAGUCAUUCCCAUUAUGAUCUAUUUAUUUCCUGCCUCCUACCUCAUCCUCCUGAUUAUGCACGGAUUGGAGGACACUGGGACACCUUGUCGUCGAGAACUACUCAUUUGAAAGACGGUCUCAAUCGACUUUUCUGUCUGGUACCUUAUGAAGUGAUAACGCAAGAAAUUUGGGAUUACGUAAUGCCUCAUUGGAUGGAAGCCAUAGUGAAUGACGUUCCGGAAAAAGAGCUAUUUGAAUUACGAAUAGUACUUAGUAAAAUUUUGGAUUCUGAGAUGGGUCCUCUGGGUUUCAACGCUAAAAAAAUGUAUCAGUUUGUUGCAUAUCGUUUUCAAAAGACUAGCGCUAAGGUACAACAACAAGCGUUGCACUGGCUACAGACUUUAACUCUUCUAGAGAUACUUAUUCCGUUGAAUUUGCUAUUCAGUAUUUUCGGUGAUGGCGUUUCUUAUAUGAAAGAUGGAAUUGUGGAAAGCGAUGGGGAACCAAUAAAAUUCCAUAAUUUGGAAAUACCUGGUCCGGCAGAUCAACAGCAAAAACGAGGCUCGAUAUCACCUCUUAUUGAAGACGGAGACUCAGCAAAGACAUCAUUUUCAGAUGAGGAGAGUCGUUUAUCCCAGCAGGCAGAAUUUGAAUCAGAUGCAGAACAUAACUUAUUCUGUUGUUUACUUAUGUUGGAUAUUUUAUUGAAACAAAUGGAAUUACAAGAUACUGACAAGCAUACUGGGCUUAACUCGACUGUCUGUAAAGACGUAUGUUGGUUGUUGAAGUGUAUGAUAACAGCGGCAUGGAUUGGUAGCCACUCCUGUACUUCAAAAUCCGAGUGUACAUAUUGUGAGUCAAGUAUAAUGUGGCACCAGCUUUCUUUGGAGCUUCUCAAAUACCUUUCACCAGUUUCUCCAGCCCAUCCACCUGAUCCUCCUUUGGAGGAAAACUGGGAAGAAGCGUACAGCAGGAAAAGUCCACCGGAAAACGACAACAAGGAAGCCAAAACGGACGCUGUGAUUAACAUGCCUAUUCCGGAAGUACAUUCCGUAGGAGGAGUUCUAGUACACAUGCCUCACGUGUGUUCUGUACGAGGAAUAAUGACUGCUACUGUGGAAACUGUAUCGGAACAACUGGAUUUGCCAAUCAUCCCCGCAGAGAAAGUUGUCUCUGCCUAUGCUAGAGCAAUAACUUUAUCAGAAUCUGAUGUUGCUACUGCUACAGUCCAAGUGAUGAAAGCUCAGGUUAUUGGCGAAAACGAUGAACCAAUCGAAACAGAUUCUGGAGAGGAAAUUGAUAACUUUUGGCAAACCUCAGUAGGGAAGUUCAAAUUCACGGUGGAUGAUCUACCUCAACCAUUACAAUAUAUACAUCAGUUGUUGCAAGAGUUAUCGAAAGUAAAUAAGCCUGAUAUUGUGUACUACAUGCUACAGUGCUUGAAUAUCCUGAUUCUACAUGGUGAUGCUUGCACUAAGGCUUCCAGAGAACAUAGAGGAUUUUUCAUAUGGUGUCAGGAAAACUUGUUUAUAAAGAACCUAUGGGAUCUAUGCAAUUCGGAACAUUCCCACAUUUGUCAGACCGUGGUACCUUUACUCCUGCAUUGCAUAACUUUGCCAGCAGGUUCCGAUGUGUUCUGGCGUGUUAUACAAGAAGCAUUCCAUAGUCCUGAUUGGACUAUUAGAUUUACAGCAGUAGAGAGAGUAACUGUCAUCACAAGAUUCAUGGAUUCGAGUCCAUUAAGGAAUGUACAACCAUUACAAGCAGCUCUGGCUAAUGCAUUUUGUUACUUGAUUUCAAGCAUGGAUGAUAAUAAUGUUUAUGUUGCCCAAAGAUCGACACUUUAUUUGGGAACAAUACACGACUCUGCGAUUAAGUCUUUAAUAAUGUGCCUGGAAACCCAAUUCGAUUCCGUCAUAGUAGAUCGUCCAAUGGUAUUACAGUCGUUAUAUCAACUCCACAAUUCUAUGAGCGAAAGGAAAAUAUUAACCUGGGAUUUUUUUCUUAACCGUUUCGACACUUUGUUUAUUGAGGCACAAAUAUCCCUGGAGAAGAUCGGUGAAAUUACAUAUCUAAGAGAUUUAAGGAAUUCUGAUGCAAACAGCGAAACACUGGUAAGAAAAGUCCAGAGGGCUCACGAAGCUUUGUCGCAAUCUGAUGGUAGCGCUGGCAGUUCUGUCAAAACAUUAAGCGCUAGUUUUGGAACGAAAUGGCCUUACAAACGUACAAUGUCAGCUCCUGCUUCUAUAGUCACUCGGCAUGAAAAUAAAGAACCUAAAGAAAAGGUAUACAGCCGCCAAUAUUCAGCGCCAAUUCUAAAAAGGAAAAGUUCACGUUUUGGACUGGAUGGACACAUGCACUCUUUGAAUGUAGUGGAGGAUCAGACUUUGACAACUUUUCUACAAAGAGUAAUCGAUCUGGAGGAAGCAGACAAAGAAACGAUGCAUCUACUAGUAUUCCUUUUGAUGCAGUUCUUAUCACGUUCAGACCAAGCUUACCCUGCAGAAGAGAAGAACUUGGCCAAAACUCAAGGGAUAGUACUUCGACAUCUGUACCUUCUCCUCGGUUAUAGCCAGAACGAUAGGGGUCUGUACUUACCACCGCAACGACUGAGAUGUUCCCCAGCAUUCAGUGUAUUUCUUUCCAACCUACCACAAUUGUUGGACCAGAAUCAUUUGAUGGGACGACUGUUACUGCCGACUUGUCUUAUACUACUUCAGUAUUCUCCGUCUCCGUACUACAUCCCUAACACAAUGGAAUUCCAACAACCCAUGUACAGCUUAUGGGCACUGGAACCGCAUUUUCGGAAAAACUGGCUCAUGUCUCUAGUCGUUCUAUUGUAUAAGUACCAAUACAACCAGCAACCCUACUGCAUGCAGCUGACUUCCUUGAUUAGGAUAGUUUUAAACACUUUAGACUCACAGCAUCAUCAUUGUAGGAGAAUACCAGCAACUAUAAUAAUGGGAGGUCCUCCAUCUAGAUCUAGAGAUGUGAGUCAACCUUCUCUUGGUACAGAAAUGGAACAUCCUGAACGUAACACUCCACCCCUAUCUCCGAUGUACUCUUCCGAUGGCCAGUCAAUUCAAGUCUCUGUAAGCUCUAGAGGCGGCAAAGUGCAAGUAGCUUACGCCAAACCUUCUUCGACGACUAGUAUGGAAACACACUGGGAGGAAGCAAUACAGUGCGUUCAUCCAGAGAAAAAAUGGGAGAAAUCCGCCAAGAAACAAGCCGACAUUAGCAUUGACGAUGACACCGAGUCGGAACUUAUAGCAAUACCAGAAAGUGACUUGUCGGACAGUACGUUACAAGGAAGUGUCCAGGAUUCUUUCGAGGAAGGCGUUACAGACACAUGCUGUGAGAAGCAAUUGGUCAUAGUGAAGUCGCCUAAGGAGACAUACAUAAACCAAAUAUAUAGGGUCGCCAAUAAAGGUAGACCAACUUGGAUUAUAGGAAGUGAAGAUGAUUCACUGAAAUCCUGCGAUAAUAGGCUGGUACAGGAGUCGAUAAAGUCCCAUUCCGAGUUUAUAAAGAAUUGUUCGAGACUAAAUUCUUCUUCAUCUAUGAAUACAGCACAAGUAGCAAAAACUGGGGUGGCGGAUUUUCACAAGCAAGUCACUUCUUCUCUUGUCGACACCCCACGCAUGGGAAGACCAACACCUUUAGGAAAGCAUAAGAAAACUAUCGAACCCAGUAUUACCCCAGUUUGUACGCCUGUUUCAGACUGCGAUGACUGUUACAGAAACAAUCAGACCGUUUUACCAACUCCCUCGUUGGAGAGGCUCCUUCCAAUAGGGUCAUCUAGAAUGCUAGAUUCUCCUUUAAGAGACGAUGUUUUCUCACCUACAGUAGAGUCUCAACUAGAAAUUCCUAGUCAAGAAAGACUACUACCCAUUGGGCAUCACACCAAAGAUAUAUCCCAAUUGGUAGAUAAAGUGAGACAGGCCUUAGGAAUCAGUAAUCAGUUGGCGAAAUCUGAUAAUAAAAAGCAAGAUAAAUUUCACAGCCAUCAUCAGGAAUAUCCUCAACCAACCUCUUCACACUCCCAUAGUCCUAGAAAACUUACGAAGCAGGUUGCAUUAGAAAGUCCACCAAAUCCUAUGGACUUUGAUGAUAGUGGACACUGGAAAACCAUAAAAAUUGAUAAUCAAAGAGAUCUCAUAGUGAAUCAUAGACAACGCAUGAGAAAAGUUGGACCUUUUGCAAUGAACUCUUACUCUGUACACGAUCCAAGAAGACCAGGAGCCUGGCUUAGUCCCGAGCUAUCCCCAAAAUUAGAACGUAAUGAUAUGAAACAAAGCUCGUUUCGAAUUGGAGAUGAAUGUAUCAAUGAAAGAUGUUCAGAAUGUGGUUUAGUCAAGGAGGAAUACAGUGACGAAGAAAUUGGCCUUUGUAUAGUAACCUUAGGAACUUUCAUUCAUCGAGAACCUGCGUUAGCUGCACCUAUGUUACCGGAUAUUCUGAGUAUCGUGGCUAAAGUGGCAACCAAUGCAAUAUAUCCUUGGCAAAGUGAAAGCAAUAUACAUUUACCUGGUGGAGCAGUCAGUGUAGCACAUCAAUUCUUAAGAUGUGUGCUACACCAAUUAGCACCAAAUGGAAUUUUUACGCAAAUGUUCCAAACUAAUGCACCAGAAAAUAUUAGAGUACAAUUUUUUAAAAGUGUUAUUCAAGCUCUCAUAGAUUUUAAUGAACUGAGUCCUGUUGCACCUUUACAACUUUUGUUAGAGACAUUCAAUUCCAAGAAAACGUUGCCUGUUGAUAUUUUACCAACAAUUCUUCAAAACAUGGCAUGUUAUUUGAACUGCCUGCCUCUAGAAGCUGCCUUAGGUGGUAGUACGCCUAUAUGGGGAACCGUACUACAACAGUUAGAAUUGUUAUAUAGGAAAUUAAUUUUUUUGUUGAAUACUCUGGACGAUAUGACACCACUUCUGAAAAUAAUGUCGUCUGUUUUCAAAAUUCCCUUGAUUGCACAAUUCAAGGGAUUGUUGGAGCCUUUUUCAAAAGUUCUGAGCUACGCAAUACAGACUCACGUUUUGCAAUACAACAUGCUCGUUGAAAUUUGUUACCUGUGUUACAGGGCUUUUACGAAGGAAAGGGACAAGCUUAUCCUUAGCCGCAUGGUUGUUUUCGAACUAGUCCAAGCGCUCAAGUUCAAAACAACCAUUCCAGAUUCAAAUCUGCUCAUGUUGAUCAAUUUAAUUCUACAGGAUAUAGGAGGUUCAAUUCCUUCGAACGUUGUUAUAAAAGACUGCCCUUCGAUAAUAUUAGACUAUGGUCCUUCAUUCACCACAGGCAUAUCUGAAUGUAUGAAAUUGAACCUAGGGGAUAUUUUGGAAUAUUUAACAGAUUUUCAUGCUAUCUCUAAAAUGAAGAGCUACUGCAAAGGAAUACAUGUAGGACUGAAUGAUGAUACUUUAGGAGGAAUUAUAAAAUGUAGUGUCGCUCAGUAUCUGGCACUGGAAAUAACCAAAGGUAAUGGUAGGGAUAACAGGGCAGUAACACGGUAUUUUCCAUGGUUGUGCAGUACAUCAAUAACACAACAAAAUCCAAGAGAGUUUGUAGAGUGCAUCGGGCAUAUUCGGCUACUCUCUUGGCUACUUUUGGGGUCUCUCACCCACACUGCCCUUCAGGGUAUCAGCCAUGGACAAAUUCUCAGCCAGCCUAUACCACAAGAAGCUUCAUGUCAAAUAGCCGAUCACAUCCAGGUUAUUAUGGUUGGUUUUGCUGAGCAACAGAAAGCGUCUGUCUUACACAUGUCCUCAUUGUUCCACACAUUCAUUUUGUGUCAGCUCUGGACGAUCUACCUUGAGCAAGGACUGAAUAGCAAUAUUCCUAUUACAGAAGCAUAUAAUGUAACAAUGAACAUCCUGUUCGAUUUUUGGGGAAAAGUUACACCAAGUAUACUUCAACUGAUCCAACAAUCAAAAAUGCUCAGUGAAAUAGUUAGUCUUCACUUCCUUAGUAUGUUAGAAGCACUUAUAGAAUGCCAAUCUACAUUCGUGGGGAAGUUACUACCUCUUUGGACUCCUGUGCUUUGUUCCAAUCAAAUACAGUUACCAGGACACAUGCAAGUGAGGCUGCAGAAUUGUCGUAACUUCCCCCCAACAAUAUUUCACGAGGCAAUACCCGAGAAAUUGAAAAUAGCUAACCUGAAUAAUCCCAUGUUACUGAAAUGGUUACAGAGGCUUCAGUUCAAAAUGGGACAAAUCGAGUUGCAGUCAUCGACAGCAACACAAUUUUAUUCCUUGUAAAUAUGUUAUCAAAAUAUUAUUUUGUGAAAACGAUUUUUACAGAAAACUUUUAAUAAAUUAAAUGAAAAAAUUAACAAUUA